UGAACUGUGGGGUGUUACUGAUUUCUUUGCCUGCGUUAUAAAUAUUACCUCUCAACAUUUGCUAGAAGCUGAAAAGGUGGCUAAAGCUAUAAUCCUAACAGCACCCACAAAGAGCUCUUUGCCAUGUCAGACUACCUUUGGUUUGAAGGGAUACCUUUCCCUGUUAUAGCGUAUGAAAAAAGAAUAAUUGAAGAAUCUCGUGAUAAGUUUGUCAUCAGAGAUGACGACACAGUCAUAGUGACUUACCCUAAAUCAGGAACUAACUGGCUGAAUGAGAUUGUCUGUUUGAUUCAGACCAAGGGGGAUCCCAAUUGGAUCCAAUCUGUGCCUAUCUGGGAACGCUCACCCUGGAUAGAAAGUCAAAGUUUAUAUCAAACAUUAAUCAAUAAGGAAGGACCACGCCUCAUGACCUCCCACGUUCCCAUCCAUCUUUUCCCCAAGUCUUUCUUCAGUUCCAAGGCCAAGAUAAUCUAUGUCAUCAGAAAUCCUAGAGAUGUUCUUGUGUCUGGUUAUUUUUACUGGAGUAAGACAAAAUUUGUUAAGAAUCCAUACUCACUAACAACUUAUUUUGAAUGGUUCCUCAAAGGAAAUGUGCCAUUUGGAUCAUGGUUUGAGCACACCUGUGCCUGGCUGUCCAUGAGAGAAACAGACAACUUCUUGCUACUGAGCUAUGAAGACAUGAAAAAGGACACAAAGAGCACCAUAAAGAAGAUUUGUGACUUCCUAGGAAAAAAAUUAGAGCCAGAUGCGCUGGAUAUGGUCCUCAAGUACAGCUCCUUUCAAGCCAUGAAAGAAAAUAACAUGUCCAAUUAUAGUCUGGUUCCUGAAGAUCUGGUUAAUAAUGGUUUUGUCCUCUUGAGAAAAGAAAACAGCCUGGGACACUUGGAAGAGUCCAGAGCGUGGAGAAAAUAGUAGACUGGACAUGUCCAGCAUAAUAUGCCAGGCCAUGAGAUUUAACAGACUCCAUCCAUGGAACACCUAUGGACUGUAAACUGCUGAGCUAUGGACUUGCUGAAAGUUGAUGUCAACCAGUCCAGACAAUGUGAUUUCUCCCUGUUCCUUCACCUGAAACAACUAAUCAGAUGUUCCUGAUAAAUAUCCCAUUGUCCAGCCUUUGACUAGCCUUUCAACUUUCCUAGGCCUUAACAACUGACAACCUAAUUUCAGCUGGAAGCUGCUACAGAAGAGAAUAUAUCAUGUCUGUCACCUUAACAGGCUGAAAACGCUAACUUAAAGGCAAAUUCCCUUUAGGGUAAACCCGUGACUUACAUGUCAAUCAUUCUGAGCUAGUUCAAUGAAAACAAAACCCUGACCAUACAGAAUGAAACUCAUUAUGCUGCUCCAUUUGGACAAUGGGCCUGCAACACAUGGUUAACCAUGUACAUUCAUGGUAUGGCUCUAAAUUCAGCAAAGGGAUAAUAUAUGAGGGUCCUCUGGGCUCAAUAUCAUUCCCUAGACCCCCUGGACACACAGAACCCAUGAUUGGUCUUAUCUAGUUACUUGUAGAUUAGGGAAUGAAGAGGCCUACCUUAACAUUAGUGUAGGCAUGACAGGCUGCAGACUAACUAUACUAGGACUAACCCUCACCAUUACAAUAACCAGGAAAAGCCACAACUCUACCCUAUGGGAGACCAAUCAGAAUUGAGAAAAACAAGUACUAAAUGUUAUAGAAUAUAAAGGAUUGCUUACAUCACUUGUAUAUAAAUUGCCAAUUUUCUUUCAGCAAUGCCAGUAUCAAUCACUAUUUGACAAAAUUUCUGUUGCUUCAUUCCUGCCCAAUCAUGAGUUCAACCUAUCUGAAUCUGGAAUUCUUCUACCUCUCAUCCUUUAUUUCUUAAAAACUCUGUCUCAAUUGCACUCAAUGUUCUCUUUGAUUCCACUGCUGUAGAGAAAUGGAUGGGAAGCCCAAACUCAAGCUUGCAAUAAAGGCUCUUUGCUUUUGUAUCUGA